AGCGCUCUGGCAGCGCCCGUCCAGGAGGUAAGUCUGUCGCUACUAAGUUGCGGAUGUCCACUGAUAAACGAUUCAUAGAGAGCCAACGGAGGAGCGAUCGCCCUUCGCUCUAACAUGGUGCCUUAUGAGCGUCGGGAUGGAGGCGAAUUGUCCACUGCUGACCCUGAGGGUGAUCAAAGUGCCGACGCGGUUGAGAACAACAAAGUCCAUUACCGUGUUCGCCGCAUUCGUCGUGAUGGAGGAGAGCUGUCGACUGCGGACCCAGAGGGCGAUCAAAGCGCCGAUGCGGUUGAGAACAACAAGGUGAACUACCGCCGCGACGGUGGCGAGCUGUCGACUGCGGACCCAGAGGGCGAUCAGAGCGCNGAUGCGGUUGAGAACAACAAAGUGAACCACCGCCGCGAUGGAGGAGAGCUGUCCACUGCGGACCCAGAGGGCGACCAGAGUGCCGAUGCCGUGGAGAACAACAAGGUGCACUUCCGUGUGCGCCGUGACGGUGGCGAGCUGUCCACUGCGGACCCAGAGGGCGAUCAGAGUGCUGAUGCGGUCGAGAACAACAAGGUGCACUACUAGAUGUACCACGCCUGGUAAAUGCCUCUCGGCAUACGGACCAGGUGACCAGGUAGCC